AUGGAAAUUAAAAAUAGGAUAUUCUUUGUGACUGGAGGCUGCUCGGGCCUGGGCUUGGCGGUGAUGGAGGAGCUACUCGCACUUCGUGGUUUGGUGUGCGUGUUUGAUAGAGAUGAAGAACAGGGAAGAGCUCUACAAAAAAAGCAUGAUAGCCGGGUACUCUUUCAAGCAGCCGAUGUACGCUCAGAAUUGGAGAUCCACUCGGGCAUCAAAAAAGCUCUUGAGACCUGGCCAGAAAGAACGAUCGGAGGACUAGUCCAUUGCGCCGGCGUCGGGGCCGCAGAUAAGACCGUCAGCUCAAGCGGACAAGCCGGUAGCCUUGAAAUCUUCAAAUCCGUGAUCGAUAUCAACCUCACUGGUAGCUUCAAUGUUGCGCGCUUGGUGGCAACGGAAAUUGCCAAGCAGAAACUGUCCAUCGAGAAAUCGAAAACAGACCAAAAAGCGAAACAUGAUGAAGGCGUUAUCAUAUUGACGAGCUCGACCAGCUAUCAAGACGGUCAGGUAGGUCAGGUUGGAUAUGCUGCAAGUAAAGGCGGGGUUGCAAGUAUGGUGUUACCGAUGGCCAGAGAUUUAGCAAGAUUUGGAAUCCGAGUCAAUGCAAUUGCUCCGUCACUCUUCGAUACUCAGAUGGGGAAGAGCAUCUCCCCAGCAGUCAAGAGAAAUCUUCUCAAAACGGUCGAAUAUCCGCUGAGGUUUGGUGACCCUGGAGAGUUUUCAUCGUUGGUGAUGGAAUGUAUUCGCAAUACUUAUCUGAAUGGAGCAGGUGUGCUUUCUGCAUAGAGUUAACACUUCUAUUUCUGAUAAUUGCUUGGGUUCUGAUCUUGUUCGUCUUACCGGGCUCUUUGCCCGUUUGACAUUGGUUUGUCUGUGUGCCGAUCUCGAGUGAUUCGACUGGAUGCGGCUGGAAGAAUGGGAAAGAUUUAGCAAAA